GAUAUAAAACCCGAUAAUAUCCUCAUCAACCGUGACGGUCAUAUCAAAUUGACCGACUUUGGUUUAUGCACAAGUUUUCGUUGGACACAUAGCAGCAAGUACUGGGAUCCGGUGUUUGCUAUUCCCCAACCCGGGCAAGAUAAGUCUGCUGCCCUAGGAGAGGGCGGAAAGACAGCAGAAGCCAAUCCCACUUCAGCUGUCAAGGUGGAUGGGGACGAGACGAGUGGGAAUGGCGAAUGCGAGGGCGGGGAUCAAAUUUGGCCCAUGCAUGACCAGACUUUGGAGCGUCGAAUUCGCAGCUCUUCAAAUAGACGUUGUGCCAAAUCCCUCGUUGGAACGCCGAAUUACAUUGCUCCAGAGAUUUUACGUAGACAAGAAUACAAUCGUGCCUGUGAUUGGUGGUCCGUGGGAGUUAUCCUCUACGAAAUGCUCGUCGGUAGACCCCCCUUCGUAGCCCAAACUGCAUUAGACACUCAACUUCGAGUGAUUCAAUGGCAACGACACUUGCGCAUUCCUGGAGAACCCAGACUUGCGUCAGACGCUGCUGAUCUCAUUCGCCGACUUCUCUGUGACCCCGAAGAUCGUCUUGCUGACCCACGUCUCAUGAAACAGCAUCGAUUCUUCGCCUCAAUUGAAUGGGACAAAUUGCCCACACAAGCACCGCCCUAUGUACCAACUGUAAGUAACCCUUUCGCAUUAUUUUAA